AUGGACAUGGAGAGCCCUGAACUGCCGGUCGGAAUAAGCGGAAUCCACGCCAACAGCUCGCGACGCGACAUCAGCCGGAAUGAAAAGAGCCCUCACGACCAUAUCUGGGAGCUUGUCGGAUACCUUCCACGUCGAAAAGCAAUAGCAGAUCAUUUGGUGAAGCGCUAUCUUGACGAGCUGAACCCGGUACACGAUUGCGUGCAGGAGGAGGACUUUCGUGCCACUUACGACGCAUUUUGGGACCGCAAAUGGGGCGACGAUGACCUCACAGCCGUUGACCUAAGGUGGCUUGCGCUCCUGUUCAUGGUGUUGGCAUUCUCCGAACUCGUCGACUGCCCAAUGGGUGCUUCUCCCGACGCCCAAGAACGCUGCGAGGAAAGGUCUGUCCAGUACUUCUGGGCCUCUCGAAAGGCCAUUGUCCUGGCCCCCACCUUCUCAGGCGAGAGUCCUGAUCUGGUCAGCGCAGGCAUCCUUGUCAGCCAGUACCUCAUAUACUUUGGACGCAAAACGGAGAGCUGGCUAACAUCAAGCUUUGCAAUUCGUAUGGCGCAGGCACAAGGGAUGCAUAUCGACGGGGAAAUAUGGAGGCUGCCGGCAAGGGCUCUCGAGACAAGACGACGCCUGUGGUGCAAAUUGUACGCACUGGACCGAUCGGUCGCCCUCGCGGUCGGCAGGCCAUACACAAUCCACAGCAAGCACUGUAUGGAAAUGGACGUCAAGAAUGUGUGUUUUGACGAUGGCACGGAAGAUGCGGACUCGGUUGCGCAGGAAUUACCACUCAGCUUACCAACUCGUAACGUCUAUUACCUGUACCAGCAACGUCUGUCAACCAUACUCGGCGAUAUCCACGACGAAUGCUUUGGAAUUUCGUCACUUUCGGGCUCAUACAACACUUACGAGAAAGUCCUUGGCCUGGAUGAAGUUCUGCUCGACUGGGCCGAAUCCCUGCCAGCAUACUUCAGGCUGAACAAUCCUGACCAGUCUCUCGACGCAGGCAGGCCCUACCUUUACUGGCAGCGCAUAUAUUUGCACUCAGGAUACCACUUCGCCCGAGUCACGCUGCACAGGAAAUAUGUGCUCCUCGUCUCCAUCACUGAUCGUUUCCAGCAUAGUCGCGACGCGUGCAUCAGCUCCGCCUGUGCAGAUCUGAAGCUUAAACUCAGCUUCCGCCACCUCAGUAUGGCAGAGAGACUCAUGGCGGGCGGCGCCAUGUACAACCUGUUCAACAGUGCGCUGGUACUAGCCGUGAUCGCCGUCCGUGAACCAUUGCUGCCGCGAACUGCCGCCAUCGUUGAGGAUCUGUCAGCAUACUGUGAGAAGCAGCGGACAGAUCCGUGGGUCAAUGCGUUUGCACUUGCUGAAGUCAAGGUGAUUGAGCUCUGCAUUGCAAGUGCUGGAAGGGCCCGACAAGAAGGCAGAGCGGAAAGGUCCACGAUCGUGGGCAAUGGGCGUAGCAUGGAGACCCACGCCCAGGACCCGACGUUACAACCCGUCAGCCCUCGCAUGCCGCAGCAACUGGCUUCCCUGGGCAGUGGACUGGGCGCCCCAGGAUCUUCACUUGAUUUCACAAUUGGGCCCUCCGAUGGUUGUCUUGACAAUUGGUUUGGACUCACACGUAGCUUUCAGGAGCCUAUCGACUACGACCUUUGGGAGGACUUCGUCGGGAACAUUGAAUCGCAUCAAUAG